AUGGUGGUUGUUCCCAUCACUGUGAACAUGCAGUUGGGGGGCCCCCGAUGCUCCUGUAACCAUGGAUACCGGCUCGAUUCAGAUGAGAAAACAUGCAUAGCUUUAGAUGAUGAACUAGAGGAAGAAGAAGAAUUAGACAUUGUGAGGUUUCCGGGUCUUCUAUUCAAGAGCCCGCCUCAACUGCUUCCUUAUGUGGCCACCUCUUUGCCUCUCGCCUAUGAAGAUGAAGACAAUGAGGAAGAGGGACAAGAUAUUCCAGGAGAACUGACUGAUUUGCACAGUGUUGUUUGUUUAGAUCCCACCUUCGGACAUGACUGCAGUUUGAGCUGUGAGGACUGCAUGAAUGGAGGCCGAUGCCAGGAAGGAAAGAGUGGGUGUUCCUGUCCCGAUGGCUGGGGAGGCAUUCUUUGUAAUGAAAACUGUCCCAAGGGGGUCUACGGAGCUGGCUGCUCUUCAGAAUGUCAGUGCGUGGAGGAGAACACCCUGGAAUGCAGUGCCAGAAAUGGCAGUUGCACCUGCAAAUCUGGUUACCAAGGCAACAGAUGCCAGAGAGCCUGCCCUGAUGGCCUCUGGGGACCAGCAUGCCAAUUCUUCUGUGGACCCUGUGAGAAUGGAGGUCAGUGCAACAAAGAAACUGGAACCUGUGACUGUCUUCCUGGUUACAUGGGAAAAGCCUGUACCCUAUCAGUGAGAUGCAUAUCCUUUACCAAUCUGCUUCUCGGCAGGCGGUCCAGCCUGA